UAAAUUCGCGCUUAUACAAGCAACUGAGCCCACCCCCGAGUGCCCAAAUCCUCCUCAUCAGCGCGUUACAUAUGCCGACCUCUACGCGAUGGUUGCUGACUUGGUUUCAGCCUUGCUAAUGCUCAACCUGAAACCUGGUGAUCGAGUGGCUUCGUACUCCUCGAAUUGUAUUGAGAAUGUUGUUGCUUGUCUCGCCACCACUGCCAUAGGGUGCAUCUGGGUCAGUGCGGCGGCAGACUUCGGGACCCAGGGGGUAUUGGAGCGAUUUGAGCAAGUACAACCUCGGGUAAUUUUUGCGGUCGAUGCAGUCGUGUACAACGCAAAAGUCCAUCCUCAUUUGCCAAAAUUGCAAUCUCUUCUUUCUGGACUCUCCGAGCGAUGCUCGCUUAACCCGGUCGUGAUCGUUAUUCAGUCAGGAAGGGACGCGUCCCGAUGGGGCCCUGACUGGGUUUCAUGGGACACGUUCAUUUCGAGGGGCAAGUCCAGCUCACUGGGCCGCGCUUCUGAUGGAGAAAUUGAGUGGUGUCGUCAAUGCUUUGAUUGGCCGCUGUGGAUUCUUUUUAGCUCUGGCACAACAGGUCGCCCCAAACCAAUUGUGCACCGGGCUGGCGGUAUGCUGUUGCAGGCAAAGAAAGAAUUCGUAAUCUGUGCAGACCUGCGGCCUGAAGAUGUCUUUUUCUAUUACACCACAACAGGAUGGAUGAUGUGGAAUUUCUUGGUGAGCGGUCUCAGCAUCGGGUGUACGCUAGUGCUCUACGACGGCAGUCCCCUGAGGGAACCCCCUUAUCUGUGGCACCUCGUGGAUGAACUGCAGAUAUCAAUUUUCGGAACUAGUGCAAAAUAUCUCGAUCAGUUAUCGCGAAUAGGCUACAGGCCUCGUGAUCAUCAUAACCUAGCAUGCUUGAGACAUAUUUACUCGACUGGUUCGCCAUUGGCCCCUGCGCUCUUCGACUACGUUUAUAAAUACAUUCACCCCAGCGUGCUUCUCGCGUCUAUAACAGGAGGCACGGACAUCUGUUCUCUAUUUGCAGGGAUGUGCUCUGCGCUACCAGUAUAUCGUGGCGAAAUUCAGUGUCGUAUGCUGGGAAUGGCAAUCGAAACCUUCACUCCUGCAGGGCACAACUGUCAAACUGGCGAGGCUGGCGAGUUGGUAUGCGUGCGGCCAUUUCCAUGUAUGCCUAUUGGGUUUUGGCCCUUGUCUGGUUUCGGGACAGAUGAAAUUGUGAAGGCUGCAGCAGAUAGGUUCCGUCUGGCCUAUUUUGCUGAAUACAAGGAUCUUAAAAAGUAAGGGAGAAGGCAAGGGGGGGAGGUGGGAAGAUUUGGGCAUUUCCGCGUAGCGCACAUGGCGUCGGUAAGCC